AUGCCGAAUCAAGUAGAUCAUGUUGUUAAUGCGCCUUCCGCGCAUCGACUGAGAGACAUUCAAAGGCCAGUAGUGGUAAACAAUCCUUCAUGCAUCCGAAUCACGGAUGAAGCUCGGAACUAUGAGCUUAAAACAAUUCAUCUUAAUAUGUUGCCUCAAUUCAAUGGAAUGGCGGUUGAUGACCCUUUGGCGUUCAUCAAAGAAUUCUACAGUGUGGUCGAAACUUUUCCAUUGAAUAGAUUGACAGAGGAGGAACUAAGGAAAAGAUGUUUUCCUUAUUGCAUGAAGUUGAGUGCGAGGACUUGGCUUUUGAACUUGCCUGAAGGAUCAUUCAGUACGUGGGAAGAAGUGUAUAAUGCUUUCAUUACAAAAUACUAUUCCCCGCAAAAGACUCUUGAUCUUCGCGACAAGAUCUAUAAUUUCACUCAAUUGGAUGGCGAACCAUUCCAUGAGGCAUGGGAACGCUUCAAGAUGCUUCUUGCUCAAUGCCCACAUCAUUGCUUUGAUGAGUUAUUAUUAACUCAAAUGUUCUUUGAGGGAUUUACUAUGAGUGGACAAACUUUAGUCGAAACGGCAUCCGGAGGAAGUUAUGGAGAAAAGACGGCAACUGAGAUAAAUCAAAUCUAUGAGAAUGUCGCUUUAAAUUCUCAACAAAGAGCUAUUAGAGGACGAAGGGCAGCCGUACAUGAGGUAGCUUCACAACAUGACAUUGUAUUAGAAGUUGCUGAGCUAACUAAGCAAGUGAAGAUGCUGUUUAGCCAAAAUCAGCAAUCAACAGAGACUUGUGCUGUCUGUGGCAUCCAGGGGCAUAUUGCAACUUCUUGCAAUUAUGCCAACGAGGUUCAAUCAGAGGAAGCCAAUUUUGUGAGCUACAAUCAAAACAGACAACCAAGGAAUGAUCCUUACUCAAAUACAUAUAAUCCAGGGAGGCGGAAUCAUCCAAAUUUUUCAUGGAGAGAUGGAAACAACGCUAACUUACAAGGACCACCUGGAUUUCAACAGAAUAGACCGGCACCUCCACCCCCACAACAAGAAAAUAAACCAUCUCUCGAAGAUAUGAUGGCACAAUUUAUGGAAAAUCAAGAUGGCCAUAAUAAGAAGAUGGAACAGCGAAUGAGCCAAAUCGAGAAUGCGCAUCAAUCUUCGAUCCAUAAUGUGGAACGUCAACUUGGGCAAUUAGCCAGAAAGAUAGCUGAAAGAGAACAAGGAAAAUUCCCAAGCAACACCGAGACCAAUCCUAAGGAAGGAGCUAUGGCUAUCUCUAUAAGGAGUGGUAAGGAAGUUGACAACUCACCAAAAGAGAAAAAGAAAGAUAACCACAUUGUGAUUGAGGAGGAGGAGGCCAAUAAAAAUUUGGAGGAGGAAAUUACUGUGGAAAAAUCUCCACCAACAGUCAAGGCAUACGUUCCUCCAAUACCAUACCCUCAGCGACAAAGGAAGAGGAUAAACGAGCUACAUUUUCAGAAGUUUCUUGAUAUUUUCAAGAAAAUUCAAAUCAACAUUCCAUUUACCGAGGCAUUGGCACAAAUGCCCUUGUACGCAAAGUUCUUGAAGGAGAUUGUUUCUAACAAGAACAAAUUGGAGGAAUAUUCAAUGGUGGCUCUGACUGAGGAAUGCAAUGCAAUACUGCAAAAGAAACUACCACCAAAGCUAAAGGAUUCAGGGAGUUUUUCUAUUCCCUGUACUAUUGGAAAUGUUAACGUUGCUAGUUUUUUAUGUGAUUUAGGCGCUAGCAUCAAUCUGAUGCCACUAUCUUUGGUACGGAAGUUAGGGAUUACUGAAAUGAAACCUACUACGGUUUCAUUACAGCUGGCAGACAGAUCAGUAAAGAGACCAUUUGGCAUAGUGGAGGAUUUAUUGGUAAAAGUUGGUAAAAUCUAUUUACCUGCUGAUUUUUUGGUCCUUGAUAUGAAUGAUGAUGUGGAUUUAUCCAUUAUUCUAGGCAGACCAUUUUUGUUACAGGACGAGUGUUGA